CUGCUCUGCUGGUGCGCGCGACGAAAGGCAGCUUGACGUGCGAUCUUCUCCAAGUUGGGAGUGCGGGAUCAUCUGCGACUAAAUCUACUUUUACUGCAACGGAAAACGGUUCACAAGGUUCAUCAUGGGAAACCGGUUCAGCAGAGGGCGAGACGUCCUGGCCAGCAGUGCUGAAACUGCUGCAGCAGAAACAGCAACUGCACCACCAGCAGAGGAUUCUGGGAUCACGCAGACCACUGAAAAGCAGAAGCUGGAUGUGGGGAUUCAGGAGCAAGUGACACAAUUGGCGUGUUCCGGCACCGAACAAUUAGUGUUGAAGAGUAAAGAGGAGCAGGUUCCUGAUGCUGACCCAGAGCCUGUGGUAAAGGACGCUCCAGCUCCAGUCCAAACCGAGCCUCUGUUCUCAGACUGCCAAUCAUCAGCUCCAGAAUCGGAACCUGUUGCUGAGCCAAAACCUGUUGCUGAAGCUCAGCUUGCUCCAGAACCAGCUCAAGAGCCAAUUCCUGAACCCAAGCUUGUUCCCGAGCCUGUUCCUGAAUCCGAGCCUGUUUCCGAACAGGAACCAGUUCCUGAACCCGAGCCUGUUUCCGAACAGGAACCAGUUCCUGAACCCGAGCCAGUUCCCGAACCGGAGGCAGAAGUUGAGGCAGUCCCUGAACCGAUUUCAGAGUCGGUACCAGCUGAGGCUAUGGAGCAGAAGACGGACCUGCUUAGCCAAGAGUCUCUCCCUGAGGUAAUGAUUUGUUCAGUCCCUGACGAAAGUCCCCAACCUAUUGACAUUCCUCCAGUCACCGCCCCGGUCGAUGCAGAAGACAUGCCGGCGACCGAAGAAUGCCAAGUCAGCGCUGAGAUUUCUGUGAUUCCCACAUUCGAGGCCGAAAAGAGCGAGGAGACGUCAGCGUCUGCGGAAAACCCGACAGCGGUGGAGGCUGCAGGGGAUUUGGAGCAGCUCGUGAGUGACUUCAGCCAGGAAAAUAUUAGUGGACUGCUGCAGGACAUGGUGCUGAAAGAUAAUGAAUGACCUUAUCAGUGACCUAUGACUGAGCAGAUGUGAAACCACGGCAGAUGAUUCAUUUAAGAAGUGAAUGGAUAGUUGUUCUGUGAAACCCUCUUAACUCCUUACAUGAAUUCUGAAAGAUGCAAUGUUUUUUUUGUUUUUUUUCCUCGCUUAAGUGGCCUAAUAAAGGCAAACAUUUAAUUUCUGUCAAAAUGAACGAAAAUGUGCCAAAGGGUGUGUUGGUGGGGCUUUAGCGGCACAGGGGGUUAUGAGUGUACUUGAGUGUAUUACUGGACAACGGAGCUCUUCCUCUAUGCAAAUUCACCGAGCAUGAAUUUAAAUGAAUUUCUUUAAGAGAAAAAGAAGCCAUUGUUAUACAAUAAUGCCUUACAGGAAAAAAAGGUUGAAGGGAAGAAUUUAGAUGUUGACCGAGGACAAAGGGAAAAGCUCUGUGAGGUGGAUAGUGUGAGUGUGCAGCACUCCAUAGGUGACUGCAAAACCAUGGGCAAGGGACAGUAGCAAUGCAACCAAGAUGGAGACAGUACUAUCAGGGUACAAGUGUCUAGUAAACAUUUAUGCCUUAACAUAAUCAUCUUUGGACUUUGUAAAAUUCUGUAUCUUUCUUGUAUUCAACAGGAUUUUUUUUUUUUUAACCUAAGUAGUGACUUCUUUUGUGAAAAUAAAAAUAUUAUUCGA